UUAGGCUUUGUUAUCAAAUCCUGGUUUUUCUUGUUUCGACGACACACUAAAUUGCUUUGAGAUCCCCUCUUUUGCAGGGAAAUAUUUAAUUCCUAGCAAAAUGACCACUCACUCUCGACAAAUUCUAUUGGUUCGGCCGAGGCGAUACAAGCACGCACGCAGAUGACUCCUUUUCUUGCUAUUGAAGCUUAGGCAAGUUCCCCGUUUCAUUUGUCACAAUUUCGUCAAGCGUUCAUCUACUAAUCUUACAAGCACUGGUUCUGGUUUUCGGCAAUUUCAUGCCAUUCAAAAAUGUUUCUUAAACAGAAAACGCCGAAUUAAUUACUCAGCUUGCAUAACAUGAAACCUUUUGAAGUUUGGGGUUUUUGUUGCUGCUUUACAGUUUAAUAUUCGAUUUUCUCAGAGCAGUGAAUUUAAUAAAGUCCAUCCAUACGGUUCUUGGGCAGGGUUGUUGGUUUUAGUUUACAUCUAGCUUCUGUUGAGAAUAUUGAACUGUGGAUUGGAUCCAUGUAAAGAAAGAUAUCAUGCACUUGUGCAGAAAACCUAAUUUUUCUGCCUGGAUUGCCUCUAAACGAGAUUCCCAUUGGGCAAUUUGACGUCAAGGAGAGUUUGGAUCAAUAUUUACAAAGCGAGCUGUUGGGCCUUAAGGGUUGCUUUUGAAGAUUUGUGAAGAGGCUUGAAUUAAUUGGGCAUUCAAUAAAACAGAAUGUUCAGGCCAGGAGGAUAUGCUCCUCAGUACAGACACGGUCCUCCAGGGACUUCCGUUCAGGGGCAUCCAGUACAUGGACCUGCGAUGCAUGGAAGUGGCCCUGGUUUUCCAGGUGGGUACCAGCAGAAUAUAGGCUUUGGACAUCCUCCGACAAUGCCUCCUCAAGCAUCACAUGCACCACCUGGUUUCACUCCAAUUCCUUAUGUAGAAAAUCAGGGAACUCAUCCUCUCCAACCUUCGUAUGGAAUGAUGGCCUCAAUGCAGCCCCUUGAACCACAGCACUUUCCAGGGCCACCACCUGGCCAGCCGUUUCAUGGGCAACCUCCUCGAUAUCCUCUACCUCCGCCUCCUAAUUUCAAUGGCGCUCUUCUCCCUGGUCCUCCUGUAAAUAUGCAAACCCCAACCCUACCCCUGCGUCCUACCUUUUCUCCAGUAUUGCCACCACAGCUAUCGUCUGGAAACCAGUUAUCUCAAUCAUUUACACCUUCACACAUGGUACCCCAGCAUGCGCCACAGCCACCUUUUCUGGUUGGGGAGGUUUCUCAACCACUUCCACCUUUACAUACAUUACCCGAGGGUUUAGCUCAGCCUCCACUGCCACCUCCUACAUUCAGUGUUUCUCAGUCAUCCUCGUCCUUACACACACAACAGUUUAACCUGCCAGAGUCGACACUAUCACAACUUGCUUCGGGGACUUCUCAAUCACUUCCAGCUUCAACGGAUAUGUCCAAUCCACUUCUACCUUCACACUUGAUCACUUUACCUCCACCCCCACAGACGCCGAGUGAUAUUGAAGUUGUUCAGAAUAUUGAGAUUCUUUCUGAAUUUGUUGUCAAGAAUGGACCCGAGUUUGAAAAUAUGGCACGCGCUAGACAAGCAGGUAAUCCAAAAUUUGCAUUUUUGUUCAAUGGACCAGCUGGCACUGACGCUGCUAUUGGAUAUCAAUACUUUCAGUGGAUGAAAAUGAAAUUGGAAUUACAGAUGAAAAACGGACAGGGAGCAGAGGGUCAGGGUCAGUUUGCAGAACAAUCGGAGCCACCUCUGAAUGUUUAUCAAGGUACAGAUCCAGUGUUUGAGUCACAGGCAGUGUCAAUGUCACCUGCUGUGUCAGAUGUGGAUAUGGAAGAUGAUUUUGCGGUAACUGUGACAAAGGAUGACCAGGAUCUGCAUUCAAAUCCUCCGUCAGGCAUAUCAUCAUUGAAUGAGAAAGAAAAUAAAAAUGUUUCUUAUAAUAUGAUAAUAAAAGCUACUGAUAGUGGUGAGAAAGAGGAGGUAAUGCCUAUGAAUGUAGCCCACAUGGAUUUUUCACAAUCAGAGCUUCAGGGGAAAGAAGAACGUAGCCAUUCGACAUCUGAGCAACAGCAUGUUGAAGAAAUGACCCCAGUUAAAUCUACGGGCAUAGAAUUUCAACAAAUAACAAAAAAUUCAGUAAACAUUCACAAUCAGGCUCUUAACUAUGAGGGGUAUGAGAAUGCUUCAUCCAUUGAAGAGCAAAAAGCAGGGUCUUAUGUGACACCAGGAAGUUUCAAUUUGGUGAGAAAUUAUCAGGUGAUGAUGCCUGAAUAUCUUGCUCAUGGACAUGUUGGGACAAUUCAUGGUGACAGCAGAAUGCCAGAAAUCAUGGGUUUUGCUGGGAGGAAUGGAGAGAACAUGGAAUUUGAUAAAUUUGAGCACAAUAAAGGGCAAGCCUUUGAACACAAUCAUGUUAGUAAUGGCUUGGGUGACGCUAGUAUACCUGUACAGGGUCAAAGCCAGCCUUCUUCAUGGACUAAUGAUGCCAGACAAGGACAUGAUAAUAACAAAGUUGAGGGCAACGUGCCUGCAGAGAAAAGAACUGGAAGCCCUAUUAAUGAGGGGACAAGCGAUAGUGAAUCAGAUGAAGUGCUAUAUACUGCAAAUGGAUUGCAACGAGGUCGCAGAAGCAGCAGCAAUCAGUCUCCAGGAAACAGCAGAUUGAGAUCUUGCAGCCGAUCUCCCAGGCGACAUAGGAGCAGAACCAGGUCACCCAGGAGAGGAUGUGACACCAAAGAUGGUGAGCAAGAAAAAGGAACAUGUCUCAAUUUUGAAAGAGGAAUGUGCUAUGAAGGGUCUUCUUGUAGGUUUGUUCAUCACAAAGCUGGUGCUAACAGUAUUGUGGACUAUUCUGAUGAAGAAAGUGAAGAGGGCAAAUGUUUGAAAGAGAUGGAGCAAGACCACAAAGGCAACAGCACAUCCCCUGGUAAAAAGUCUGAUGGGCAUGAUAGCUCUGUUGCAAGAGAGGAGAAGAAACAUGAGGUAUCUAAGAACGAUGAUUCUUCUGGAAAAGUUGAGAAAUCACCAGAAUGGGAUUUGGAUUUUGCUUCAGAGUCAUAUUCUGCAUAUUUUGACAGAGAGAUCUUUCAGCCUUCUGUCCUGCAUAGAGAAGGGUCGGAAUCACAGCGCUUGCGGAGGGAUGACUUUAGGCCACUACCCUUGCGAAAGGAGGACUUCGAACCACAGAUCCUUUCACGUGAAGACAUCCCAUCUCAGCCCUUUCAAAGAGAAGGGUUACAGCCACUGCCCUUGCAAAGAGAAGGCUUGCGUGCACAACUUUUGCAUGGGGAUGAUUUGCUAGCUCAUCGCCUGAAAAGAGAAGAUGGACGAACACCAUUGCUGCUUCAAAGAGAAGGAUUACUGUCACCACCUCUGCGAAGAGAAGAUAUGCAUCCACAAUUCAUACGUGGGGAAGAUUCUCGUGCCCGUCUUUUGAAUAGAGAAGAGGGACGGCCUUCAUUGCUGCCUCACGAAGAUAUGCAAAGGAUGCAUAAACAGCCUUUCCUCCAGGAAGACCUACGGGCAAAAGCUUUUAUUCAAGAUGAUUUACGUGCACACCCUUUAUUUCAUGAAGAUGUACGUGCAAGGCCUUUAUUUCGUGAAGAUGUGGAAUUAUCUCAGGAUCGAGCACGUGCAGACUCUUUUUCCCGAGAAUAUCUACGUGCACCAUUAUUGCGCAAAGAGUUGCAUGCACAUCCUUUACGUUGUGAAGACAUACGCAGUCUGCCUCUACUCAGAGGAGCUUCUUCUGGUCAGCCCUUGCUUCGGGAUGAUUUCCAAGUCCCAUCUCUACUCUCAGAUGACCUCAAUCGUGUGAAACAGCUCAGGAGAGAUAUCCUAUUAGAUCCACUUCAUAGAGGCAAUUUACGAUCUAACGAUGAAGAAUUGCAAUACCGUGCACUGCUUCGAGAAGAGAUCCGUGCUCAACAUUUGCUCAGGGAGAAGUCCCGACUAAAUGCUGAAGGUUUUCUACCCAGGGAAGAUUUGCAUCCAAGGCUCUUGUCAAGAGAAGAGGCACGCUUGAAAGCAUUAGUCAGAGAUUUUUCUUCUAAUCAGCUAGAUGUUUCAAUGGGGAAGAUUGACCCCCUUCUAUAUAGAAAUCCUUCCAUACAGAAAAAUAUUGCAUUGCCGGUUAAUUCAUCUUUCUCACCACAUCUAGAUCUGAUGAGGAAUACAGGUCCUUCACUUCUGGGACGUACGAGUUCUUUUUUAAAUCAUCCUAGAGAAGUUUCUUUUCUUGGAGAGCGUCACACAUUACAUUCAGAGGUUCCUUUCAGAAUGAAUGCAAAUCCCCUAUCUCAGCCCGACUUAGUACCUUCAGUGCCACAUACUUUGCCACCUCAUUCACCAAGAAACACUUCCCCUCAAAAUAUAUAUAGGACUGGAGUUCAACCUCAGCCAACUUAUCGCUAUUCUAAUGAUCGAGGACCAUCUGUGCCUGCUCUAUCAAGCCAACGUGGGUCUACUCCUGGAGGCCCAUAUGAUACUUGGCAUGAUAGUACUGAUCCUGCCUUAAGAUCAAAGCUAUUUGAUAUUUAUAGGGGUGAACAAAUUGAUCCUAUGGGAGCUGUAAUGGUGUCUGAUGUGAGACAACAAUUGGCGGAUGUUUACCAUGAGAAUGAUAGCGGCAAUGCUAAAACUAGUGCACCAGUUCAACCCGGGAAUGCUAAAGAUAGUUAUAAAGCUGAUUAUGCAGUUGAAGCAGCUACAGAUGCUGAAGUAGGUGUAGUUGAUAAUGAAAGCCCCCAGCUUGUUAGGGAGAGGGAGGGGAGUCCAGGGCACCAUUUAGAUGUGACAACUACAGGAGCAGGAGAGAUUGAUGUGGACCAGACACAUGCAAAUGAGAAAACGAGAAAUAUUAAGGAAAUCAAAGCAAUGAAGGUCUUUAGAAUGGCACUUGCAGAAUUAGCAAAGGAGUUACUUAAACCAACAUGGCGAGAGGGCCACAUGAGCAAGGAGGCAUUUAAAUUAAUUGUUAAAAAGGCUGUUGAUAAGGUUGCAGGGACAUUGCAAAGUCAUCAAAUACCAAACACCCAGGAGAGAAUUGACCAGUAUCUUGAGUCAUCACGGGUUAAGUUUACAAAGCUUAUUGAGGGAUAUGUUGAAAAAUAUGUCAAAGUCUGAAUUACUUAUUUGAGGAAGUGGAAACCAUUUGCUGCUUAAUUAUAGGCUAUGAAUUGACUGGUUACAUUUGAAGCCAUUCUGACUAGGAGGCAUGUUAAUGACUCCUUAAUAUAGUGAAAAUUUAUAAGGAUGGCUUUUGCAUCAAUUCUUUCUAUCUUCCAGUUUCAUAUUAAUUUUUUCCUUACGAGAAGGCACACUUGUACAGAACUUAGUAAGCCAUUAAGGCUGUAAUAUCUUGAGAUCUGGGAAAACAUUUUUGAGGUAAAAUUGUACUUUUUGAAUUGUAACUUUCAGUUUGAUAUGGCGAUUUCUUGCAAGGUGCAGUUGUAUCUUUCAGCUUCAAGGAAAUCUAUUCAUGCUAAUUACCUUGAAAAACAUCAAAAUGGUGUUGUAAGGAUUACAUUCUUUGGUUCCUUUUGGAUUAUUUGAAAUUCUAUUAAAGAUCCUACAAGAAACCUGCGAUGAAAACAAUUGUGCUGAGCUGUGCUUUCAGCUUCUAAUGGGACUUCUGAGUUUACUAUUUGGUUUCAUUGAUGUA